AUCUAAGCUAUUGACAUAUGAUUUUAAAUGUCUAUAUAAUUCUAUGUAUCUUGGGUGCACUUGUAUAGCUUCUGAUGUCUUUACUGUAAAUUAUCCAAUUGUAUAACGUGGACACUCAUUCUUACCCCCAUCAUGACGAAGCGAGAUUUACCCUACUUGGUGCAAAGGCUAAAGGAAAAUAAAUGGUCGUCGCACCUUUUGGAUUCUGACGACAAUGAAUGCGAUACUGAAGAAAAUGAUCUUGACCUUCAGGAUGACGUGAUGGUCAUUGGGAUCGACUUUGGAACUACUUACUCAGGCGGAGCGUGGGCUACUGCGUCUGAUUUUGAAGCCCGCCAGAUCAAUCUUAUUACUUCCUGGCCAGGAACAGGUCGGGAGGAAGGGAAGGCUCCUACUGAAUUAUUCUACGAGGAUGAACAAGUAAUGUGGGGCUAUGAUGUUCCCCCUGAUUCUGAUCCCAUCCGCUGGUUUAAAUUGCUGCUACUGAAGGAUGAGGACCUUGCGCCAGAGCUUAGAUACUCAGACUAUAUCCUCAGGGGACGGAAGAUGAUGAGAGAGAAUGGGAAGACGGUAGUUGAUCUUGUGGCUGACUAUCUUCGAGGCUUCUGGGAGCAUAUCCUCUACGAAAUAACAAAGGCCCGAGGCGCAAGCGUUAUCGACGCCCUCAGGUUCCACGUGGUCAUAACCCUUCCCGCAAUCUGGAAAGGAUAUGCCAGAAAAAGCAUGGAAGAGGCUGCCAAGAAAGCUGGCAUCCUUGACGAGCGCGAUGCCGGGGAUACAACAUUGAGCUUCGCACCUGAGCCUGAGGCAGCAGCACUUUGCACACUAUGCGAACCAGGACGGCGAGUCAAUAAAGGGGAUGCCUACAUCAUUUGCGAUGCUGGUGGUGGUACCGUCGAUCUAAUCAGUUAUGAGGUCGAACGGACCGAUCCACUUGCUGUGCGUGAAGUAGCGGAAGGAGUAGGGGGACUUUGCGGUGGAAUUUUUAUUGACGAAGCUUUUGAGCGUAUUUGCAAAGCCCGGCUUGGGAGGGGUUGGGAUCGCCUAAGCAAAGUAGGCGUCCGAGAAGUUAUGAAGGGAGAGUGGGAGCAUGCCAUCAAGCCGCAGUUCAAAGUUGCGAAUAGCAAAAAAGAAUAUAUCGUGUCAAUCCCAGCUGAAGCUUUCUUCAGCAUUAACUCUCAAACAGACACAAGCCGCCAGCCCUUCAUCAAGAGAGGGCGCAUCCAUUUCAAAGAGUCUGACUUGCAGAAUGCAUUUACUAGUGUAUUCGCCGAGAUCGAAGAACUCAUUAAUGGCCAAAUCAACUCGGCGAGGCAUAACGGCGUUAAUAUCACCGGUAUUAUCCUCGUUGGGGGACUCGGCUCGAGCCCGUAUCUGUUUGAAACCCUCCGGAAUAAGUAUACCAAACAAGACGUUGCAGUUCUACAGUCUAGCGGCAUAAAACCACGCACGGCCAUCAGUCGGGGUGCUGUAUUCAAGGGGUUCCUCAACAGCCGGACCGAUAUGGACGAAGCCAGUCAAGGGAAGAUGCCAUUCUCUCCGAUCGCCAUUACUUCGACCAUCUCGAGGGCCAAUUUUGGCGUUGACUUCUGGGAGCCAUUUGAAUGGGGGAAACACAUCAUCGGAGACAGAGUAUGGGAUGACGUUGAAGGUAAAUGGAAAGCAGAUAACCAAAUGCAUUGGUACUUGAAGAAGGGCGAUGACGUGUCUAGAAGCAAUCCAGUCCAGGCUACAUGGGUUCAGAACUUCACGACGAGCUUGAGUAAGACUAUUUCUUUCGCAGUUUACCAAUGCACGGACAUGAUGGCCCCGAGCCGGAAGACUGGGACGGUCUCAACUUUGUGCAAAAUCGAAUGGACCCCUGACGUUUCGUGGAAAGACCUGCAAUGGAAGACAAACGCUUCUGGGAAGAAGUAUAAGCAACUUUCAUAUACGAUAGAGUUUAAACCGCUGGGGGCAACAGCAGAGUUCGCGGUCUUUAUUGAUGGGCGGAGACAGAAAGGAGGACGCUUGGUCAAUAUCCAAUACGACAGCUAAAGCAUGGGAUCUUCAAUCGGCGUAUUGUAUAAAUUGUAUUACCACAUGACUCGUCUAUCUCUACCUAGAUACCUACCUGUCCAGGUAUCCGUUAUAUAUGCCUUUUUGAGAGGACUUGACGAACUUACGAAGGCUUCCAUUAAAAGUAUAAAACUUCCGC